CUUCCUUGCUUGCUCCUCGCUGAUACACAGUUUCCCAGUGUUUGUGUUUAAAAGGAUAUCAUAAUCAGGUUUACAAAGCCUUACUGUUCUGUGUGCUGACUACUAUAGCAGCUGAAAAAUGGCGUCACAUAGCAGUGAAGUGUGGAAAUCUUUCAUGAGUCCAGAUUCCUACACUUCGGUCGCUUUGCUCCUGAUAACAUCUCACUCCUUCUUCUAACCAUUGUUCUUUACACUGAUUUAUCUAAGUCAUCUCUAAGCCCUAUUCUCUUGUAUUUUAACUUUUCCCUUAACCUUGUUCUCUCCAAACCCAGCUUCUUUGUUGUUGUUGUUUUCCUAUUCCUCUUCCUUUUCCUUUGUUUGUCCCGUCUAUUUUCGUUCAUUCUUUCUUAGCCCUUUAUUUCAAUCUUGUCCUCUUUCCCGUUCUUAUCCUUUCCCCCUAUGUUCUCGUCUUAAUACCUAUCUUAACUCUCGUUCACUCUUUUCUCUUCUUUGUCCUUCAAUACUCGUUCACCUCAUCCUCAUCCUCUUUAUUCUUCUUGCCUUUAUCCGCCUCUUCCUCUCAUCCGAACCCAUUCCAUCUACCUUGUGCUUGCCGUCGUCCUCCUCACACUCAACAUGCGAAGGAGCUACAUGUUCGGCGGAGCCUUCGUGGUUCUCUUCAUCGCCAUCAUCGUUAUCAUCGUCGUCUGUGUUUCUUCAAAGAACGGUUGGAAGAAGCAGAACCCGGACGAGCCAGAGUUUUGGGAGAAAGGUGCAGUGUAUCAAGUGUAUCCCCGCUCCUUUAGCGACAGCGACAAGGACGGUACGGGAGAUCUCAUGGGCGUGGUGGAUCACUUGGACUACCUGAAGGAGCUUGGCGUGGUGACAGUGUGGAUCAGUCCCAUCUUCGAGUCUCCUAUGAAAGACUUCGGGUACGACAUAUCCAACUACACGACAAUAGACCGGAUCUUUGGCACCAUGAAUGACUUUGAGGUCCUGGUCACCGAGACGCAUAGGAACGGACUCAAGUUAGUACUGGACUUUGUGCCCAACCACACCAGUAAUCAGCACGAGUGGUUCAUAAAAUCUGAGUCCAAGGAGGGAAACUACACUGACUACUAUGUGUGGGCUGAAGCCAAGGGCUUCGACGAGAACAACACGGCUAUCCCGCCUAACAACUGGAUGAGUGAGUUUGGAGGCUCGGCGUGGGAAUGGAGCGACACACGUGGGGAGUUCUACUACCAUCAGUUUCUUGUAGAGCAGCCCGACCUUAAUUACCGAAGUGAGCACGUCAAGGAGGAGAUGAAGGUGAGUGGAAGGAGCAAAAUAAGAAAAAAAAAAAAUCAAAGCUGUAUAUUGGAAGACAUGCUAUCUAACAUUCAAUCACAAAAAUAUAUCUCACGACAAAGACUACUACCAUUUUGUAAAAUAAUAGUCUCUUUUGCCCUACAAGAUCUCGGAAUUGAUGAGCCCACGGACUCUGACAACCCGGCGCUCCUUCAGCAUAUCUUCACCACCAACCAGCCCGAGACUUUCCAGGUACUGAGAGAGUGGCGUGAACUCGUCGACAAAUACCAUGAAAAAGUGCUGAUGGUGGAGGUGUACUCUGAGGUGGAGGACGUGAUGAGGUACUACGGCAACGAUAGCGUCUCUUUGGCGCACUUCCCUUUUAACUUUUUCAUGUUGGAGGCGCUGAACAAUCGCUCUACGCUCACUGGGUACGACAUCAAGGACACCAUCUCCCUCUGGCUGGACAAUAUGCCUGAGGGGAAAUGGCCCAACUGGGUGCUCGGCAACCACGACAACGGGCGAGUGGCAUCACGUCUAGGCAAAGAUAUGGUGGAUGCUCUCAAUAUGGUGGUGCUACUACUUCCCGGCACACCUCUCACUUACAACGGCGAGGAAAUCGGUAUGGAAGACACUUUCAUCAGUUGGGAAGAUACAAAGGAUCCCGAAGGCUGUCGCUGGGGACGGGAUCACUACCAGGAGCACAGCAGAGAUCCAGAGAGGACGCCCAUGCAGUGGAACGGCGGUUAUAUGGCAGGUUUCACGAAUGGUGACAACACGUGGCUUCCCAUCAACCCUGACUACGAGGAGAUCAAUGUAGCUUUGCAGAAGAACGCAACGCACAGCCACUUGAAGUUCUACCAGCAUGUGACAAAAAUUAGGCAGGAAGAGACAUUCAAGAAAGGCGAAAUAACUUUCCCAACUUACGACGACUCCACAUUCAGCUUCAUCAGGUCGCUGGAGGGUUAUCCGUCGUACUUAGCAGUUGUCAACAUAGCGACAGUGAAUCGAACUGUCAACAUGCACCUCGGGGCCAACUUUCCUCUACCUAACGAAGGCGAGAUAGUUAUUUGCUCCAGUACCAGUGAGGCCAAGGAGACACCAAAUGGGUCCAUGGUUUCCUUGGACUCGCUGGCGCUGAUGGCCGGUGAGGGAAUCUUGCUGAAGCUGCCGGAGAAAUAGGAGCAUAGUGGCCUUCUCGCCGCUACACACACUCAUUUAUACUCUCUCCCUCCUAAUAUAUAUCUCUUUGACGUUUGUCUAGACUUUAUUUAUUUAGAAUAUAUUUUUUGCUAUUUUAAUGGGAUAAACAAGGACGUGUAUUACAAAGACACCGUCCACCCUCAUUUAGUAAUUAAUAAACAAACAUUCAUGCCUUCGGUACCAGUAUCUGCUGGUGUCUGGUUUUGCCUGUCUUUGCACUUUUAUUUUUCUUGGUUGAAUGCAGAUUCUCUUUUGAUGAUAGUUCACUGAGAAAAGCGAUGAUACCCAAACAUUAGAACUUUUUAAAUCCAACUUUCCUCAGGACUUCUGGCAUCUGAUUAAAACUAUCUCCAAUAAAUUUACACUUUCA